AUGGCUGCUUUUCAUACUAGUUUUGUUCCAUCUCUGAUUUUGUUGCUAUCAUUUUCAAGCAUCCAGAUGAGCUGGGCAGCUCGCAAUCUACUGCAAACAAUGCCUACAAUUCCAUCUCUGCCAACAAUCCCAACCUUGCCAAUGCCCACAAUGCCAACAAUCCCAACCUUGCCAACAAUGCCCACAUUGCCAACCAUGCCCACUGUUCCUCAACUGACUCUCCCACCUCUGCCGGCAACUUCACUGCCCACCAUCCCAACUACAAUUCCUUCAAUUCCAACCAUCCCAACAACAAUGCCUACUGUUCCUGUCUUCUCACCUCCUCCAUCAAACUAG